CACGCCCCAGUUGCGCCUCCAUCACCACCUGCUUCCCAUCUUCAGCUUUUGUCUAACCUCGCUUACUGUUCCAUCGGAACCGGCUCGAGCAUCCCCUUUGCCUAUACAACAUCUGAGCUUUUCCAAUCACCGAAUUUGCUCUGAUAUCCCCACUCAACCUUCCGAUUGGAGCUUCCGCGUAGGAAGUCAUCCUGGUCUCAUCUACAUAACUAACACUCAACCAACCCCCCCGUCUCCACUAUGGAUCGUUUGCAUCGCAUGCUCCAAGCAGCCCAGGGUAUGGGCGUUGGAGGGAAUAAUGGAGAUAUCCCCAACCUCAUCGAUAACUCCGAAACCGUCCACAUCUCAUCGCUCGCUCUGCUGAAGAUGCUAAGACACGGUCGGGCUGGUGUGCCCAUGGAAGUCAUGGGUCUGAUGCUGGGAGAGUUUGUGGACGAGUACACAGUUAGGGUAGUUGACGUUUUCGCCAUGCCUCAAAGUGGUACUGGUGUCAGUGUCGAAGCCGUGGACCCUGUUUUCCAAACGAAGAUGAUGGACAUGCUGAGGCAAACUGGACGACCAGAGACCGUUGUUGGCUGGUACCACUCGCAUCCUGGUUUCGGCUGCUGGCUUUCGUCCGUCGAUAUCAACACUCAGCAAUCCUUUGAACAGCUCACUCCCCGCGCCGUUGCCGUGGUCGUCGACCCCAUCCAGUCCGUCAAGGGCAAGGUCGUCAUUGAUGCCUUCCGUCUCAUCCAACCACAGACCGUCGUCAUGGGCCAGGAGCCCCGCCAAACAACAUCCAACUUGGGUCAUCUGAACAAACCGUCCAUUCAGGCCCUCAUCCACGGUCUCAACCGCCACUACUACAGCAUUGCCAUCGACUACCGCAAGACCGGUCUCGAGGAGAACAUGCUGAUGAACUUGCACAAGCACGUCUGGACGGAGGCGCUGCAGAUGAAGGACUUCCAUGAGGAGGGCGAGCACAAUGUUGAGCGCAUGAAGCAGCUCGUCAGCCUCGCCGAGGGCUACGAGAAGCGCGUCAAGGAGGAGACCACGCUCACCAAGGACCAGCUUAAGACGAGAUACGUCGGCAAGGUCGACCCCAAGAAGCACAUCGAAGAUGUGAGCCAGCAGUUGAUUGAGGACAACAUCGUAGCCGUCUCGCGGCAGAUGAUUGACAAGGAGGCCUCGGUGGCACGGCAAUCAAACGGCAAGGAGAAUGGCACCGGCAUGGAGGUUGAUGAGGAACUAUAGAGCAACCAUACCGUAACAUAUAUUUCCUAAUGCCAUUUCAGACUCCCUGAAUUCAGGUUUCAUGUACAGGACGGUCAUCUGGUCUUGGCAGACACAUCAAUGAAUGACGUUAUAUGUAUCAACCCGGUAUAUAAUC